AUGUCCCAUGCGACGACGCCAACCAAAGGCCCGUCAACUGUUGAUUGUGAAGUCUUGACGGACAUUCAUACACAAUCAAAUUUGGCCGAAGUUGAAAUAGUCAGUCUUGUACAAGAAUUAAUCCCACGUUAUCGUCUACGUGCUGAAACUGAUUUCGCGUGUUCAAACGAAGAUUUUAUUCAAACACCACGUAUUGACGGUUCUGAAUUUGAAGCUUUAACUAAUAUACAAAUCCGUGCUCUUCUUGAUUAUUACGCCUCAACAAGCAAUCGAAUUAGCCAAAUGACAAAAACUUACCAUGAUAUAAGUGCUGUAACUCGCAUGUUAGAAGAUCGCGAGAAUGAUUUACAAAUGGCAGUUACUUUAGGUCAUACCUUACUUGAAAGUAAUGAUUCUUUACGUAAUCAAGUAUCCUUAUUAGAACAAGAUAUUGUUCAAACAACUGAAAUUGUUAAACAACUUAAACAUGAUUUAACUCUUAAAGAACGAGUCAUUCGAUUUUAUAGCGAUAUGGAAGAGAAUGAUGCUCAAGCAUCAGAAGCAAAUGAUCUUGGUGUUCGACAUUUUGAACAGAAAAUUCGAAAUCUUGAAUACGAAAAUGAAGAAUUACGUGCUGAAGCUUUACAAUUAAAACUCGAUGCUGAAAAUUAUGAAAAUCAAGAACAAUCUAUAGUCGAUAAUUUUGUUAAUGCCUUAGCUAAUGCAAAUGCUGAAAUAGAUAAUUUACAACAAGAAUUAAUCAAAAAAUCUAAUGAAAAUACUCAACAACAAGAUGAAAUUCUUCGUCUUUCUUAUGAUAUGCGAGAAGUUCAUCGUCGAUUAACCGAAUUAAAAAAAGAAAAUGAUGAAUUAAAAAAUCUUUUAUCCAUUGGUGGAAAAAAUCGUAAUGAUUUUGAAAUCAAAAUUCAUCAAUUAGAAAUAAACUACAGUGAAUGUUUAGAUAAACUUCAUAAAUCACAAUUUGAAGUAAAUAAUUUACAACAAAAAUUACUUCAAACAUCUCCUUCCACAUCUAUGAAUGAUUUAUCAUCACCCAAUCGCCAUACAGUAUUUUUAUCUCCAAUUGAAUAUGCAAAUUUUAUGGGAAUAGAAAAUUCACUUAAAUCAGAACUUGAAGAAGUUCUUGAAGAUCCAAAUCAACUUUGUCCAUCAACAAUUAAUACAGAUGAACAAUUAACAGCAGUAAAAAAACUCUAUCGUCGAAGAGGAAAACGAGAUCAAAGUGAUACUGAUGGAGAAUCAAUUAUGAAUGAUUCAGCUUAUAGUGACACAGAAAGUCUAAGCAGAUCAUCAUCUACCUAUCAAAUUGAACGUCGAAUGCCAUCUGGACUUUCAUCAAGGCUAAGACUUGUUAAAAAAUUUGAAGGAUCGAAUAUGUUAAAACGAUGGCAAGAAUUAGCUGAACCUAGUCUUUCAUCAUGUCUUGAAACGAUACCCGGUGUGUAUACACGUGCAGACAUUUUACAUGAAGUUAAAGAAGAAGAUGAUGAAUAUUCAUCAACAUCACAAAAUGAUUUCGAUUUAAUAUCGACGAUUCCAACACCAAAUCCUUCAUCACAAAAAAAACGAAUGAAUCUUGUUGAAUUAUUAACACAACAAGGUUUAACUGCUCGAACGAUUGAAACAUAUGCUCCAGAUCCAGAUGAUAAUGAAGAUCCAACAACACCACCAACAUCACCAACACAUGGUGCUAAAAUUCAAACAAAUGCUCUUCUUCAUCAAGUUAUGCAACGUUUAGUUGGAAUGUCAUUACGUACAUUUGAAACAUUGACAACAUCUGUUAAUGAUCAUAAUACUGAUAAUGAAGAAGAAGAAGAUGAUGAUGAUGAUAACAACGAAUUACAAGAUAUCGAAUCUGAGCAACGAUUACAUAAAACAGCAACAAUAACACCUCCGUCAUCACCAAAAUUCGAGGGUCUUGCAGCACCAACACCAAAUACAGCAAUGCGUGCAAUAAAAUCAAGUACAUUUUUACGUGUUUCAACACUAAAUCCAUUUACAAAAGCAUUUGCCACGCGUUCAUCUGAUGAAGUACCAUCGAUUGUUAGCGAUUUUAUUCGAAGUUAUAAUCCAAAAAAAUAG